AUGGCUACCAAUUCUAUCAAGUUACUAGCACCCGAUGUGCACCGUGGUCUAGCGGAGCUUGUGGCUAAGCGGUUGGGUCUCAAACUUACAGAUACCAAAUUGAUAAGAGAUCCUACUGGGGAAGUAUCUUUUUCGAUUCAAGAGUCCGUGAGAGACCAGGACAUAUUUAUCAUCACGCAAAUUGGGUCUGGGGUUGUGAACGACCGUGUUCUUGAACUUUUGGUCAUGAUCAAUGCUUGCAAAACGGCAUCAGCCAGAAGAAUCACAUCUGUGCUACCUAACUUCCCCUAUGCCAGACAGGACAGAAAAGACAAAAGCCGUGCGCCUAUCACGGCCAAGCUCAUGGCUGAUAUGUUGACCACAGCUGGCUGCGAUCAUGUAGUAACCAUGGAUCUCCACGCUUCGCAAAUUCAAGGGUUUUUCGACGUGCCAGUAGAUAAUCUUUAUGCUGAACCUAGCGUUGUUCGUUACAUUCGGGAAAACAUAAAUUUCAGCGAAGCCAUCAUCAUCUCUCCAGAUGCUGGUGGUGCUAAAAGAGCAGCAGCUUUGGCCGACAGACUGGAUUUAAACUUUGCAUUGAUACACAAGGAAAGAGCAAGGGCAAAUGAAAUCUCGAAGAUGGUCUUGGUCGGAGAUGUCACUGAUAAAAUUUGCAUCAUUGUUGAUGACAUGGCUGAUACAUGCGGAACUCUAGCUAAGGCUGCCGAAAUUUUGCUCGACAAUCGUGCCAAGUCGGUCAUCGCAAUUGUUACUCAUGGUGUGCUCUCAGGAAAAGCCAUUCAAAACAUCAACAACUCCAAGCUGGACAAAGUGGUUUGCACAAGUACGGUACCUUUUGAAGAAAAGAUGAAGCUAUGUCCUAAAUUGGCCGUUAUAGACGUGAGCGCCGUCUUAGCGGAAAGUAUUCGUCGUUUGCACAACGGUGAGAGCAUUUCAUACCUUUUCAAGCAUUCUCCACUAUAA